AUGUCGACCUCGAUAGAAAUUGCGUCGGCCCCGACAGUCGACACUCCAGGCACUUGUCUUCUUGUCCACUCUGAUAAGCGGACAUAUAUCUUCGGGCGCCCCGAAGAAGGUACUCAGAGAGCCUUCCAGAGCAGCAGGACUCGAAUGGGAGGAACGGAACAAAUCUUUCUCAGUGGCGCUGUCUCGUGGCAGCAGGUUGGAGGUCUCUUUGGCUAUAUUCUCACAGUUGGCGGCGUGGUGGACGCGAGCGCGCAAGUAGAAGCGAUCGAGAACGAAAAGAGGAAGGCAAGGGGUAAACCUAUCAAGGAAUCUCGUACUGGAAUCAUUCAUAUUCAUGCCGGCGAGAACUUAAAUCACACUCUGGCUGCCUGUCGUCCCGUCAUUACACGGCAGCCCGUUUACGUCAAGACGCACGAACACAGAGAGAAUCCCCGGCUACAAACUAUCGAAAGUCUGGAGCCUGACUGGAAAGAUGAUACACUUCGUGUGUGGAAGAUCCCAGUUCAACGAGAGCGCUCCAGCAGCCCUAAGAAGCGUCGUCGCUCCAGCCCUAUCGUUGGGGAUAUUUCCGACUCCGAGGAGUCACGGUUUAAGGAGGCAUCAACUCUCUCAGAUCCUGAAUACGCCCGCGCAAUGGUUGAAGGUCUCAUGUUCAAUGGCACGUUGCGUGGCACUGGCCUAAUCGUUCCUGUGAAGUUAGGAGAUGUCUCCCCAGACGAUACAGUUUUUCAAAAACGUGGAAGAACCGGCUUUCAAAUGUACAGUGGCCCCAGGCCCAGCAACUCAGAACUUACCCCUGAGCAAGAAAAUGAGAAAGUAUGGAAGUUUCCCACCAAGAUGCCGGAAGACAGAUCUCCACUUCCCAAUCUAACAAUGGCAUCACUGCCUCCUACGAGGUACAGUCAAAGUUCCAUGUCCUACCUGGUCAAAUGUCUUCCUCGUCGAGGCAAAUUCGACGCAGCAAAAGCCAAGAAGCUCGGGGUGCCUGUGACCCAAUACAAAACGUUGAUUGCGGGUUCCUCUAUACAAACAGCGAACGGUGUCACCGUCACCCCUGAGAUGAUCAUUGGCGAGGAUUGGCCAGGUCAGGGGUUUAUCGUUGCUGACAUUGACUCGCGCGAUCUCAUCGACGCUUUCAUGGAGAGACCGGAAUGGACGAACCCCGAGUUGAUGUCCGAUGUGGUUGCUGUAUACUGGAUCCUGGGCCCUGGGCUGUCGGAUGAUGCCAGAAUCCAAAAAUUCGUCGAUCAACACUCCGGGAUGAAACACUUUUUCUGCGCCAAAGACACAUGUCCCAACAUGAUUUCACUUGCUGGGCCGGCUGAGUUGCAGACCAAGCUACGUAUGGUAGAUUCAGCCAGGUUCAGUCUACUCAAGUUCAACAACAACGUACAGGGGAAAAUGCCUUCUGGGUCGCAAGUCGAAUCUGGCCGUGCUGGAAACAAGAUCAGCCUUAUGCCCCGUCUUAAAUUCGACGAUGGCGUAGUUGUACCCUUCCCUAACCUUCUGGAAACAGCCAAUUCCGUCGGUAGAGAGAUUCUGGAGCUGGCGCAGACGGCCCAUGCAGAGACCUCUGAUCCCGAGUUCCUCAGGAAGGCAGAAGAAGAAGCGAAGGAUAUUCCUAACCCAGACGCCGAAGUCAUCCCUCUUGGUACCGGCUCUUCAAUGCCAGGCAAGUACCGCAAUGUCUCGGCGACACUGAUUCGUGUCCCUGGCAUUGGUAACUACAUUCUCGAUGUUGGUGAGGGCACUUUGGGUCAGAUUCUACGUCUCUACGGAGAGGAAGAAACAGGAAACAUCCUACGAGAUUUGAAGUGCAUCGUGAUUAGCCAUCUUCACGCCGAUCAUCACCUGGGUACCCCCACUCUGAUUAAAGCUUGGUAUGAACAUACUAUCAACGACAGCAACGCUAAGUUGGCUAUUUCUUGUGUCUCAAGAUAUAGGGAUCUUCUGGGAGAGAUCUCUCAGGUCGACGAUUUUGGCUUCCACCGGCUACAUUUCCCCCAUCAUAAAAAUGGAGUACCAGAGAACAAGAACUUUGGCCGUUGUGAAAUCAAAGACGACAGCUUCGGCCUCAAGGCCAUUACACGUGUUCCUGUUGCGCACUGCUGGCUUUCCGUUGCCACAGAGCUUGAGCUUACAUCUGGCUUACGCAUUGCAUACUCAGGAGACUGCCGUCCUUCUGACAAUUUUGCUCGUAUAUGUAAGGGCGUGCAUCUCCUUGUUCACGAGUGCACUUUUGAUGACGAUAUGCAAUCCCACGCUAAGAAAAAGAGUCAUUCCACUAUCGGUGAGGCUCUGGACGUUGCGCACAAGAUGGAGGCCAAGAACACGCUGCUGACGCAUUUCUCGCAACGAUAUGUCAAGUCUGAGUCGUUGAAGGAGGGAGAGGGACGAAAGGUUCCCAAUGUUCUGAUGGCGUUUGACCACAUGACUGUCAAACUGGGCGAUUUCAAGAAGGCGGCUGCUUUCCAGCCUGCUAUUGCAUUGCUACUGGCGUCUUCGGACGACAAAGAGGUCAAAGUUAAAGACGUGAAACAGGUUAAAGAGGCUCAAGAGGUUAAAGAAGUGAAGGAAGCUGCAUAG